AUGUUUGGCUUGUGAGGAUGGCUGCUCUAAAAAUAGCUUUGGAGAAGACUUGCAGUCGGGUCCAAUUUCUGGUUCUAGCUGAGUUAGCUUUACAAAACUUUUUUGUCACUGUUGCAAGGCUAGAGUGAGGAUAAAUCAAUCCUGAGUCCAGCUUGGACAUUGAUUUUGGACUCUGAUACACUUAUUUUGUCCAUGGAUAAAAGAUACUAAUGUCAUGGCUGAAGAUACAGAAACAAAACAUGGGGGCAGUAAGAAUGGAAAGAAAGAAGGCCUGUCCGGAAGCUCAUUUUUCACCUGGUUUAUGGUAAUUGCUUUGCUUGGAGUAUGGACAUCAGUAGCAGUUGUUUGGUUUGAACUUAUAGACUAUGAAGAAGUUCUAGCCAAAGCAAAGGACUUCCGUUAUAACUUAUCAGAGGUACUUCAAGGCAAGCUUGGGAUAUAUGAUGCAGAUGGAGAUGGAGAUUUUGAUGUGGAAGAUGCAAAAGUUUUGUUAGGACUUAAAGAAAGAUCUGUCCCAGCACAGCGCACACCAGCAGAAACUGAGGAGUCCAUUCAACCUUCAGAGCAGUCAUUCAUUAAAUCAGAACAUGAGAUUGGUGAACCUAAAGUGGAAGAGGAAAUCCAGCCUGUCCUCCAGGAAGAACACCAUUCCCAGUUUGGAGAGAGAAAGGAAGAUGUAGAUGAAGGAGUAAAUGAUCAGCAGGAGGAGAAGGUUGAAAUAUAUGAGGAAGCUUUUGAAAUUCCUGCAACAGAUGACUUACAUGGAGAAUUAGAGGAUGAACUGCUAGAAGUAAUUGAAACAACGGAACCAAUUCAGGAAGACAAUCAAGCGGAUGAACCCCAUGAAAAUCAAGCAGACGAACCUGAAGUACAAGAGCCUGAAACAGUUGAGAUUCCUGUUUCAUAUGAACAUGACAUGGAUCUGGAAAAGGCAACAAAUGAGCCUGAAGUUUCAGAUGACAUUGAAUCAUUUGUAGAAGAGAAUAUUGAAUAUCCCCCAGAAGACAUGGUACAGGAAGACUACAAUGAAGAACAUGAACCAAAACAUGAAGAAGAGACUGAGAUCCAGGAUCCAGGUACAGAUGAUAUUGAUACAACAGGAAUGGCUGAUGUGGAAGAUGAAAGAGCCCAUCCGGAGCCAGUAGAUGAAGAUACAGAGCCAGGUGAAAUUCCUGAAGAUGUGGAAAUAAAUGAGAAGCCAUUAGAAGAAGUAAAACAUGCAGAAGACCAAGUUGUUGCUGAACCUCAUGAAACAGAAAUUCCUGUUCAAGCAGAAGAUAACCUACGUGAUGAUCUAGUAGAUACAUAAAGCUUCAAAAAGACUCUCCCUACAUCAGGAGGACCAGCCCUAAUCAAUACGCUACACAAGGGGAGCAGAUGGUUGUACUAGAUCUCAUGAUGAAAUUAUUGAGCAGUUCAGGAUUUUGGGGGGUGAACACUAAGAUAUUGUAAAUGGAUUGUAGCCAAUGGUCAUUUUAGUACACUUUUUUAACACUUAGAUGUUUUGAAUUUACAUUCUUGUCUAAUUUUUGUCAAGUGUAGUACAUUCAUUGGUUUUAUUUCUCUUUCUUCCCUGUUUGUGACAGAGCUAUGCGUUUGACCUACAUUUUACAUGUCCUUUCCAAGCAAUUUGUUAAGGUAUUUGUUAUGUAGAUACAAUUGUUUUUUUUUCAGAUUAUAAUAAUAUAUAUCUUUAUGUUGUGGGUACAUAAAGUUUGGGAGCAAUUUGGGCAAACAAAAUAUAGAAAUAUGACCAUGAAUUUUAAACUUUUUGUUACUGUUAAUGUAACAUGAACUUUUGUUGCAUUUUAGAAACACUAAGUAGAGGCAUUGAGCUAUGACGUUUGAGUUGCAUCUGUUGUGCACUGAUACUAUGUCAAGUUACACUACGUGAGCCUCAAAUCACUUAAAAUAAUUUUACAGUUUAUAAAACAUUUAAUUUAAUUCUUAGCUGUAUUCAGACAGGUUACUAAAUUACUUUUCUAGAAGUUUUUUAUGUGCAAAUUAGCAUUGCUUAUUUUAUGCACAUUUGAUUUUUAAAACAAGGAAAACUGAAGACUUCAUAACAACCUGUCGGGAAGGCUCAGUGUCGACAGGCACGUAGCUAUGUAAUUAAAAUCAGUUUUGGGCUUACUAAGACGCACUUUUAUUUUGCCCAAAGGACUGAUGUUAUCAUACUUGGAAUUAGUAUAUUGAAUUAGAAUUCACACAGUAAACUGUUGGAAACAGCAAUUCUGCAUAAAUACAUGCUUCAUAAGUGAAGCCAGAAUAAGAUUAAAUGCAUCUAAAAAUGCAAGUUAAAAUGUAAGAAUAUUGCAACUCUAAAAAAUAUUUUAAAAUAGUCAAAUUAUUUUAAUUUAGUUUUUUUUAAUUACAUUGAAUUUUAAUAUAGCAGGUAUUUUGUCUACCUGUUGCAUGCUGCUGAUACAGUUGUAGAGACAUCUUCUUACUCGUAGGCUUUUUUGUGUUCCUUUUUGGCUCAGGAAUAGUUGCUGUGAUUUAAAAAAAAUUGCAAAGUCUGAUACAAGAACUAGAAAAAAGAAAAUAUACUUUCUUUUAAAGAGAGGCAUCAAAGUAACCCUAACAGUGGUUGCAUCUUAGUUGACAGGGAAAUUUUUAAAAAUACCUUUAACACUGUUUUGAGACUAGGAUUUUACUUGCAUACAUUUACCAUGAAAGGGACAUAUUAGGUGCUUGUUUCUUGUUUGGAAUUCCAGCUCAGAAGGCUGAGAAUUCCAUGUGCAGAACAAGGGUAAAAUAUGCCCCAAAGUGGUUUCUUUACACUUUACAGGAAAGCAAUAAUCCUCUUAAACUGUGAUGUAGGUUGAGGCAGAAUAUGGUAUGUUUUUUGGAGUAGAAUUACUUCUGAGUGUGAAUUGCAGAGCAAUACUUUUUUACAAAGCCAUAUUUUAUAGGGAAGCUUGGGAGAAAAAAUUAAAACUGGUGAAAGGAGGAUAUAAACUUCACUGCGUUUUUGUAUGAAAUGGCAGUUUGUCUAUAGAAUUAUGGGACUGUGAGGUUGUGUUAUGCUGUGAUCAAAUUUUAAACUCUUUGUAAUUAAGUAUGUGAUUUUUAUGACCUUCAUGUUUACAAAAUUGUGCCAAGCUGGGCAAGGACAAGGGGAUUUAAAAAUAAUGUAUAUUUAAUCCGUUUUAAUGUUUGGCUGCAAUAAAAAACAGAAGA